AUGUUUCAUCGUCCCACGCAUGCGCACCCGUCGGCCACGUCAGCUGUGCGGCGGCUGAUGCGCGAGUGGAAGGAAAUUGCUGGUGAAGAGUUUGAGGGCGCGAGCAUUGCGCCAUCUGAACAGAACAUGCUCGAGUGGCACGCCAACAUCACCACCGACUCGGGCCCGUACGCCGGCGCGGUCAUCCAUCUCGUGCUCGACUUUCCUGUCGAUUAUCCGUCGCGACCGCCGGCGAUCAACCUCGCGUCGCUGGUGUGGCACCCAAACGUGUUUCGCAACCGCGGCCGGCCGGGCUACUACGUCUGCCUCGACAUGCUCAAACACUACUCAUCGUCGGCGCCGUUUGCCGGCUGGUCGUCAGCGUACUCGAUCGCGGCGCUUGUUCGGCAGCUACAGUCGUUUCUCCUUGCGGAGCGCAUUCCGCAGGACGACGGAACGGUUGUUGACUUUAACGACUACGUCCGGCCGGAGCAGUUGGCCAAGACACUGACAUCGGCGGCGAGUGCGGUGUGCUCGUGCGGGCACAGCGGAAGUGCGCCGUGGCCUCCGCUCUGCGGUUCCGAGCCUGGAGCCAGUGCCGCACAUCCUGCCACUGAUAGCGGCGUGUGCGGUGACGUGGCGGACAGGUUUGAUCUGUUUGCGCUUCCAGCCGAGCUUAUUGUGGCCAUCCUUUGCAAGGUCGACCGGGCAUCGCUUGUCCGGCUUGCAGUGUGCUCGCGGCGGACGAGUGCGUUCAUCAACGACUUUGGCCUGCUGGCGCGGAGCGAUCUUGUCUGCUUCCACACCAAGCUCACAGUGGCAGAGGACGUUAUGGGUAUUCCGCUCGCGGUGGCGCGGCAUCGCUCGGGCGCCAUCCGCGAGAUCACCUCGACGCUGGACGUCAUCUCGUGGACCGCGUUCUCCGAGGAUGGGCUGCGGACAAGCGCGUGGGGUGGUCACUUUCAGUACUUUCUUCCGCUGGCCAUCGACGCGCUGCGGUUCGACGACGCGUACCCGGUCCUCCUCUCGGAAAUGAGCGAGCUGACCGGCGAGCGCGACGAUCGGGUGCCAGCAGCGGCGCUCCGGUCACUCAUCACCUUUGCGGCGUCGCUCAUUGUGGGGCUCAUGACAAACGCAACUAGCAAGACCAACGACGAUGCGGUUCCGCGCGGGGUGUCGGACAAGGCGCUGCGCGGCUUUUGCUGGGCCCAUCAUCUCAUGCUUGCGCUGGUGGCGCGGCAUCCAGAGCUUGUAGAUGCGAUCGAGGCCGAGAUCGAGGACUUUGUCACCGCACCGCAGUACCGGCACAAGCGCUACACCCGCUCGCUCGGUGAGUUUAUCGUCAAGCUCCUCCUCUCGCGAAAGCACAAGUGGCGAGUCCGGAUCUGGAAGCUGGUCCUCCUCGAGUCGCUGGACAGGCAGGUCCUCUGGGCAACCCGCACGUACGCUCAGCUCCACUGCAUCGCCGGUGAGGAUCGGCUUGGAUGGAAGCAGCGUGCACAGCUCACGUUUAACGCCGCCGAGACUGGGAUUCGGCUCAUCGCCUUCCAAGUCUACUUUCUGCACCUCCUGCAUCCGGCGAGCGCCCGAGUGGGCGACGAGAGCGGGUCGUUAAGCGAGGACUCGGCCGAUCCGCUCGCUACCGCGCUGCAUCAGUACAACGCCCGGAGCGGAGCGGCCGCCACAGAGGCAGCUGCUGCGCUCAGUGCGGCGUCCAAGCGGAUUGCCGCCAUCAGCUCGUGGAACGAGUACUUUACCUGCAUCGGCGCGCCGCCGCUACCUCUUGACGAGCUCGGCCCGCUCCUCGAGCGCGCGGUGGCUUCGUCAGCCCGGCGCGGAUAUCAUACGCCGCCGCAGUCGGGACUAUGGUGGGCGUGA